AUGGUUAGUUCUCGAAAAGGAAGCCAUGACCCAGCUGACAGACGACGGACGAAUAACGGCCCUCAACCGGAUGAAUCGACACGCGAUCAAGUCAUGACUACGAGACUGAAUGCACGUACUUUGAUGCUUAUGAGGUCACGAGAGUGAAAAAUGCACGUAUUCUGUUACGCUGCUUCAACAUCAGAACGCAUGACUAUUGCAACUUCUUCUAUAUCUUAACACAGGACGCCCGAACAGAAGGCAUGCUGUUAUUUUUACUCCAGAACAGGCAGAACGCGAGUUCGCAGCUGUUCGGGAGGAACUAGCUGUUCGGAUUGCAGUGGUACUUUUAUAUGCUGUAGUAACUUUUGAGCUACCCUUCUUUCUAGAAGAUGACACGAAACUCCACUAUGUACCCAUAGACGCAUAGUAUGCAAAAUUCCAGAUUUUUGACGACCCAAGAACCUCCUGUUACAACAACAAAAACCACCCACAGACCCCAGAUGUCGAUCGUGCGGAAGAAAAUACUAGCAGCGCCACCUCUGGCCGAUCUACACCACAGAGAUCUCCUAGAGAUAGUGCUGCUGGUCUGGAACCAGGUCUCGUCCUACCGCAUGUCGAAUUUGGUUAAGGCUUCGUUUAAUUCAUCUUGAGAAGCAUCGUCUUUGGUCGUCCCUAUCUUUCUAAAAAGGGAAGGAAAGCACUCCAAAGAUGCUCUUCAAGAUGCUUUUAGGCAAGCGCUAAAUUGGCUUAUCCAAUAGCGAGUUCGGAUUCAACCUAUUUUCUUCUGCGACGACACCUCUAGAGGGAGAUCAAAACAGUGUAGACGGUCAUUUCGACGCUGGACGGGAAAGUGUUGCUUAUGCUGGCCUGCAAUUUAACUUCGUGUAUCAGACAUUUACAUGCAGUAUGAUUUGUUCGUACACGAUUAAGUACAGUGAUUCUUUCAUAAUGAUCGGUUUUACAACCAAAGUAGAUACGAUUCCAACUACCACGACAAUCUGA